AAACACAUCGCACCCACGCCAACACAACAAACACGACACACAUUUCUACAGCAGGCGUACACGCACAGGACUUUUUUCGCUCAAUUUAUUUCGACGGUGCACCCCGUUUCUCGUCCUUCGUUAGUGUUCUCGUUCUCCGUUUUCUUCUUCCUCUUCGUUCGUUGUAGGUUUCUCCACAAGACUGUACACAAGGCACAACCGACAGCAUGGCUGACGAGGACAUGCGGGAGCUUCUGUACAAGGUGCUGGUUGUUGGCGACAGCGGUGUGGGGAAGACGAGCCUCAUCAAGCGGUAUGUGCACGGCGUUGCCUCGGACAAGUACAAGGCCACCAUCGGCGUCGACUUUGCACUCAAGGUGUUGCAAGUGAACGAGAACACAACUGUGCGGCUGCAACUGUGGGACAUUGCAGGCCAGGAGCGGUUCGGGAGCAUGACGCGCGUGUACUACAAGGAGGCCGUGGGGGCGUUUGUCGUGUUUGAUGUAACACGUCUGGACACGUUUAAGGCUGUCAAGACGUGGAAGGAGGACAUUGACGCAAAGGUGUUUCUGCCGGACGGGUCGAAGAUACCUGUUGUGCUGAUGGCGAACAAGUGCGAUCUUGCGGUUGAGGGAUUCAGGACGCAAGAGGAGAUGCAGGAGUACUGUGCAAACAUGGGCUUUGUGUCGUGGUUUGAGACGUCUGCGAAGCUGAACAAGAACAUUGAGGAGGCGGUCAACUGUCUCGUGCAGAACAUCCUCGAGAAGGAACCGGACUCGCCACACAGCGAUGGAGAUGUGCUUGACAUCAAGGACACGAAUCCAAAGGACCGCGAGAAGACAGAUGGCGGCUGCUGCUGAGCGCAGUGCAUCCACAGCCAACUCGCUCACUCUCUUGUACUCGUAUGUGUAGGUGUUGGUGUGUUUGUGUGCUUGUGUGUUUUGUGUGUGUGUGUGUGUGUUUUGUGUGUGUUGUGUGUGUUUUGUGUCUCACACAAACACCCCCGCAAGCAUACACACGAAACAUUGCUUGUGUCACCUAUUGCCCUUUGUGUGUGCCUUUGCUUUGCUUGUACUCUCUUCUGCCACCGUUUCCUAUGGCCCAAGUUAUGCUGACGCCGUGACGCGUUGUCGUACAUUGUACCCUUUAUGUUUGCCUCUUGACUUUGGUUGUCGUUGGUCUGUGUGCUUGCUUCUUGCCUGCUUGUUGGUUUGUUUCGUGUGUCUCGCCGUUUCCUUGCGCACGUUUGCUUACUUUCUCUUCUUCCUCUUCGGUUUGGUAGUUCCCAGUCACCAUAAUGCUGUGUACGCGA